AUGGAAAUGCCGCAACUGUUCGGCAAAGCGUGCCUGAAACUUCGCGGCUUGUGCGUUCACAUGUGGUUUUCGACGACGGACAAGGAUUGCGACACAUCGUCGGGCUUCGAUGAGAAGGUGGUCCAACGCGUUCGAUGAGGGGGAGGGCCGGCUGGUCCCGAUCCAUUGGGUUGUUUACCUGUCGUGAAAUUGAAUCGCGCCGAUUAUGGACCACGACAACAAACGGCGUCGGCCUGGGGCGUGUUGGGUUGUGGUCCAUUAGAGAAUUAA